AUGGGCGCCAAAGCAGCUGGAGGAGACGGAAAGGGAUUUGUGGUAGGAGGAGGGGUUGUCUUUGAGGGGGAAGGGAGAGUCGGACACGAAAAGACGCUAAGCGAUGACGAAUUACCCAUCAGAGAAGCACUUGAGCAUGAAAGCACACCAACUCCAGCACCAGUGUUUGAGGAGAAGCCAACAAUAACCUAUGUCCUCCGCGGCCAAAAAGCAACCUUCCAUAACCCCCAAUAUCAUCCUGCCCCCGAAGUUCUUGAGGCAUCUAAACUGCCAAUUGAUCAUCCAGACUUUGAAGUGGCUGCUUCGUCCUCGCUGUCCAUCAUUCAGUGCUGCUUCUGUCAGACACCUCAAGAGUAA